AUGGAGACUUAUUUGAAGAGGCGCAGCGAGCUGAUCGCACAGGACAGAGCCCUACGGCCUGACCAUGCCAUCGCAAAGGCCCUAUCCGCAGAUGAGCAAAAAGCGAGCGAAAUUUUGCGCAGCAUACGCGCUUCUGAGGACCGCACUGUUUGGAAUGGCAAGCUUCCAGUGAAGCAUAUACACGGACCGCAGCAGAUGUUCCCCGGGAUGGAGUUCCUCACAGCUCGCGAUUCGAUUGUCAACACCAAGCUCUUUGACAUCCUCAGCAAGAUGCCGAAAGGUGGCCUUCUGCAUGCACACCUCGAUGCCACCGUCCGUGCCGACGUCCUUCUCCGUCUUGCCCUCGAACAGCCUGCCAUGCACGUUCGCAUGCCGUCUGCUUCGCUCAACGCAAGCACUUUGAAAACAGUGCUACCUGAGUUCCGAGCGCUGCCCAAAAAUCAGUGGACUACGACUGGGAGUAUCACUGAUGCUGCAUACACGCCGAAUACGUGGGUGCCGAUCCAGAAUGCGCGUAGCAACUUUGGCGCGGAGCUGGGAGGGUCUAGCGGCUUCGACCGAUGGGUCAUCGACGCUCUAAUGAUCGAUCCAUCCGAAGCAUACGGUACCCAUAACACGACUGCGAAGAUCUGGGAGAAGUUCCAGAGCACGUUCUCUGUGUCCGAUGGUCUAAUUCGUUUCGUGCCAAUCUGGACGCAAUACGUUCGCGAGUUCCUGCUCUCCUCUGUCGAGGACGGCAUUUCUUACGUAGAACCACGUAUCCUAUUUUGGUUCAAGUAUAUGGUCGGCGAAGAUGGUGAAGAAAAUGUGCCACAUCGGGUCUGGUUUCAAAUCUAUGACCGCGUCCUCAACGAAGUCAAGGAAGAGUUGGAAAAGCAAGGCCGUGAUGAUGAGGUCAUCGGUUCUAAGAUCAUUUACUCGACCCUGCGCAAUGUCACCUGCGAAGAGCUCGAGUGGUAUCUCGAAGACUGUCUCGCUCUCAAGCAGGAGUUCCCGCACCUGGUCGCAGGCUUCGACCUCGUCGGGCAUGAGGACUCGCUCAAGCCGCUCAUCUACUACGCGGAGCCGCUCCUGAAGUUUGUGGAACGGCAAAAAGAGCUCGGCGUGCACAUCCCCUUCAUCUUCCACGCGGGAGAGACGAUCGGGGAUGGCGGCGUGGCGGACAUGAACCUGUAUGAUGCGAUUCUGAUGGGCACGCAGCGCAUCGGACACGGGUUCUCGAUUGCGAAGCACCCCCGGUUGAUGGAGAUUUGUAGGGAGAAGGGUAUCUGCAUCGAGAUAUGUCCCAUUUCGAACGAAGUUCUACGUCUCACCGGGUCUAUGCCCAUGCAUCCGCUGCCCGCGAUCCUCAACCACGGCGUUCAUGUCGCACUGUGCUCUGACGACCCUUCCGUGUUCGGCAAUAUGGGCCUCUCGUUUGAUUUCUUCCAAGUCUUCGUCGCGAGCGAGGUGAACACGAUCGCGACGCUGCGCGAGUUCGUGUGGGACAGUAUCAGGUUUUCGAGCUUAGAUGAUACGGAAAAGCAGUACGCUUUCGCCGCGCUUGAGCGCCGCUGGACCGUGUUCGUCAACCAUGUGCUUGACACAUACGGCGAGAGCUUCGGCCUGGAGUCGCAGUAGGGCGUGUUCGGUCAGUACCUGCGCAAUCUGGCCCCAAUGCGGGAGGAUUGAGUAUCUUGAGAUUCGAACUGUUGUAUGUGCCGCUGGACAGGGUAUUCUUGGUGUCCAGCGCCCUAAGAUGUAAUGCUCCCGCUGACAUCAUGCCGAACGUGAUGUGCAACUGCGGUCUGCCUAAAUAGCUCUCAACGAACUUGAAAUCUGACGGAAUAU